AUGGGCGAUACACUAAACAAACAGGAAACAACGCGGAGAUUCAUGCGGUGUAGUGAUGGAGAUUCAUGCGCUCUUAUGAUGUUUGCUAGCUUGCCCUUUAUGUUAAAACAACUGUUGAAACAAGAAAAGUUUUCUGUAAGUGCUUUAAAUUCGCAAGUGAACCAAUAUAGUAAAAGCCAAAUGUGGUUAGAGAAUGGACCUCCAGGGCAAGUCAAUAGUAUACAAGCUGGUUGGGCGGUGCAUCCAAAAUUAUAUGGUGACAGUGUCACACGAUUUACAAUAUAUUGGCCUGGAGAUGGCUAUGGUAAAACUGGGUGCUAUAACACACAAUGUCCUGGUUUUGUUGUUGUAAGUCGAAAUCCCAGAAUUGGAAGACAGUUUUCGGGAUCAUCUGUCUAUGGAAAAACAAUCCAUUAUUUUACACUGCAAAUAUUCCAUGAUGUUUCCACUGGAAACUGGGGACUUAAAGUAUGUAAUGAAGUAAUUGGUUACUGGCCCAAAGAGCUGUUUAUAGAGUUAAACAAAGGAGCUUCUCUGGUGAAAUAUGAAGGAAAUACAUUUAUAUCCACCGAUGAAAUGAGUCCUCCAAUGGAAAAUGGGCAUUUUCCAGUCGCAGUUUUUUUUAAAACGGCACAUUUUAAAAAUGUCUUGAUUAUAGACUCCAGCUACAAAAGAGUUUAUAUUGAAUAUAGAAAACUAAGAUGUUAUGCUGAUGUCUAUUAUUGCUUUGAGGUUACAUAUUGGGGAUAUAGCAGAUCUAGUGGAGAUUCUUUCUCGUUUGGAGUACCAGGUGGCAAAUGUGGUGUUUGA